UCCAACAUAUCAGGCAACAAAAUUACAUUUUGAAGAUCUUGCUAAGAGAUAUGGCAAUCCGAUUAUUGUGCUUAAUUUGAUUAAGACAGUUGAGAAACGACCUCGAGAAAUGAUGCUUAGGCGUGAAUUUGCAAAUGCUGUUGGGUAUCUGAACCAAAUUCUACCUGCGGAAAAUCAUCUUAAAUUUAUUCACUGGGACUUUCACAAGUUUGCAAAGAGCAAGUCCGCCAAUGUUUUGGCAGUUUUAGGAGCUGUAGCAAGCGAAGCACUUGAAUUAACAGGCUUUUACUACAGUGGUAAACCCACCAUCAUAAAGAGGACCAACAAGAGCAACAGAACAAGUUCAGGGAUGGAUGCUUCACUUAGAGAUCUUAGAGCUAGUUCUGGUGACCUUACAAGAAUUGGAACUGCAAGUGAAAUGCUAAAUUCUCUGGUCAUUCGAGACAGAGAAAAUGAUGCGAGCCAUCAGAACCAAAAGACGAGUGCUAGUGGUGAUGCACCACGCUAUCAGAGUGGAGUUCUACGUACCAACUGCAUUGAUUGCUUGGACCGUACAAAUGUUGCCCAGUAUGCUUAUGGACUUCAAGCUUUAGGACGCCAGCUCCAUGCAAUGGGUUUGACUGAUGUGCCAAAAGUGGAUCCUGAUAGUAGUAUUGCUGCUGCACUAAUGGACAUGUAUCAAAGUAUGGGAGAUGCACUUGCACAGCAAUAUGGCGGUUCUGCAGCUCACAAUACUGUGUUUCCUGAAAGGCAGGGAAAAUGGAAAGCAACAACACAAUCAAGGGAGUUUUUAAAAUCUAUAAAACGAUACUAUAGCAAUGCAUAUACUGAUGGUGAAAAACAAGAUGCAAUAAACUUAUUUUUAGGUUACUUCCAACCACAGGAAGGGAAACCUGCUCUGUGGGAGCUUGAUUCGGAUUAUUAUCUCCAUGUAUCUGGUAUUGGGGAUGAUCUGAUUCCUGAGAGUUGUUGUGAACUGAAUGCCAAGCCUGCCGGAAGUAAUGGAAUGACAUUCACACCUAUACCAGCUUGCAGAGAAGACUUCUGCCGCAUAAAAUUGACUUCAUUUGACAAGUUGAUUGAAAAGACCUGUAGCGCCAUUAAAAAUGUAAGGCUUUGCAGUGAACCUGAUCAAAGACCAGGUGGUGUCUCUGGAAGCAGCGGUGUUGCACCUGAUGCAGCUGAGAUACAACUUAAAAGCCCCAAUUGGCUUUUUGGCCAGAGAAAGUAUGAAGAAAGCUCCUCUGCUGCAAAAGCUACUACUCGUGAAAUUGACAUUGAAGGAUCUCAGGUUAAUGGCUUUUGCAACUUGAAUUGGCUUUCAUCUAGCAGUGAUAUGAAUGAAGAGGAUGUUUUUCAAAGGUACCUCACAAUGACCUCGGCGAAUGAGGCCAACGGCUGGUAUGGAGGUACCCUCCUUGGUGAUCAAGAUGAAAGCAGUGAGAUAUAUAAACAUUAUGCUGAUCUGUGCCAGGGACCUUCAUUGGAACUCUUCCAAAAUGACCCAGAGAGAGAGCAACACUAUGCAAAUGCUUUGAGCACAAGUUCAUUUGAAAUUCUAAAUGAUGGUGCCAUUGCCGUGGAAAUGGAAGCAGCUCUAAAGGAGUAUGAACAUGUUGGGACUGACCUUGGAAUCAUUCCCACAUCUUGUAAAUUCUUCGCUGAUGAUCCAAGCUGGUUGACCAGAUGGUUAAUUGGGGAAGAAAAAGUACCUAGGGUAUCGUGAGUCCUUUUUUUUAUAGUAGGAUAUCACGAGUCCUUUUUAUGCCAUGUAACACCAAGUUUUAUUACAGUUUUUCGGAAAUUAUUAAUUCCUUCAAUAGCGUUGGUUACAACGUCCAAGUUGAUUCCCAUGUACCAUAUGUAAAAAUCAUAACAUCUAUAUUAUCUAUUGUAAUAGUAUAUAUGUAUAAGAUUUAGAUAGGAAAAUGCUAUUUGU